CAAAUGGAAGAAUGUAGUUCAGAUCUCCAUGAUAAAGUUGGUUUAUCUUCCAUACUGAAGUCACUAGAGGAAAAUGCUGUAAGGUUCCUGAAGGAUGAGCUGAAGAAGAUCACAAGGUACCUAGAUCAGAAUUACCCAGAAUGCUCUGAGCCUCAGGUGGAGGAGGGCAAUGACCUGGACAGUGAUGGUCAGAUGCAGAAGGCCUGUGGUAGAGAAGGAGCUCUGAAGAUCACACUGUACAUCCUGAGGACCAUGGAGCAAAAUGAUCUCGCUGACAGGCUGGAGACGAGGCAUCUUCUGUUACAGUGUCAGCACAGAAUCAAAUGUACCCUGAAGAAAAAAUGUGAGAGUGUAUUUGAAGGGAAAGCUAAGGAAGGACAGUCAACACUUCUCAGUGAGAUUUACACAGAACUCCACAUAACUAAAGGUGGGACUGGAGGAGUCAAUGAUGAACAUGAAGUGAGACAGAUUGAAACAGCAUCCAAGAAAAGGCUAACAGAAGAUACUACAGUCAAGUGCAAUGAUAUAUUUAAACCCUUAUGUGGGCGUGAGACACCUAUCAGAACUGUACUCACUAAAGGGGUGGCAGGUAUCGGGAAAACAGUCUCUGUGCAGAAAUUUAUUCUCGACUGGACAGAAGGAAAAGCAAACCAGGAUGUUCACUUCAUAUUUGCUCUUCCUUUCCGGGACCUGAAUUUGAUUAUGGAUGAAUACAGUCUGAUUGAACUGCUUCACCACUUUGUCCCGGAUCUAAAAUCGGUUGAAUCUGCUGUGCUGUUUAGGUUCAAAGUCUUGUUCAUCUUUGAUGGUCUAGAUGAGUGUUGCCUUCCUCUAGAUUUUCAUAACAAUGAGAGCUGGUUUGAUGUGACAAAGAAAACGUCACUGGAUGUGCUGUUGACUAACCUCAUUAAGGGAAAUCUGCUUCCAACUGCUUUCCUCUGGAUCACCUCCCGGCCAGCAGCAGCCAAUCAGAUACCUCCUGAGUGUGUCCACCAGGUGACAGAGAUACAAGGAUUCAGUGAUGCCCAGAAGGAGGAGUACUUCAGGAGGAGAUUCAGUGACAAGAGCCUGGCCAGCAGGAUUAUCACACAUGUGAAAUCAUCGAGGAGCCUCUUCAUCAUGUGCCACAUACCUGUGUUCUGCUGGAUUUCAGCCACUGUCCUUGAGAGGCUUUUUAGUGAAAUUGACAGUGAAGAAAUUCCAAGGACUCUGACUGAAAUGUACACACACUUCCUGAUCUUUCAGACAAGUUUAAAAAAUGACAAGUACAUGAAAAACAAUGACAUCAAGCGUAAUAUGUGCAGCAAGAAAUUCCUUCUAAAACUUGGUAAACUGGCUUUUGACAACCUUGAGAAAGGCAAUCUCAUAUUUUCUGAGCAGGAUCUGGCAGGAAAUGGCAUUGAUGUCACUGAAGCUUCAGUUUACUCUGGAGUGUGCACAGAAGUCUUUAAGGAGGAAUAUGGGUUGUAUGAGGAGAAGGUGUACUGCUUUGUGCAUCUGAGCAUCCAGGAGUAUCUCGCUGCUUUUUACGUGUUUCUGUCAAACUCAUCACCUGACCUGCUGAAGACUGCAGUGGAUAAGGCAUUAGAGUACAAGAACGGACACUUUGACCUCUACCUCCGCUUUCUACUGGGCCUCUCAACAGACUCCAGUAAAACACUGUUACAAAGGUUGCUGGAACAGAGAAGAAAGAGAUCACAUGACAUUAGGAUAACAGCCCAAUAUAUCAAGGGGAAAAUACAGGAGAAUUUAUCUCCAGAAAGGACCAUCAAUCUGUUCCACUGUCUGAAUGAACUCGGUGACAAUUCUCUAGUAGAGGAAGUACAAAAUUACCUGAAUUCAGGACGUCUUUCAGCAGAAGACCUCUCACCUGCACAGUACUCAGCUCUGGCCUUUGUGUUACUGAUGUCAGAUGAGGAGCUGGAUGUGUUUGAUCUGAAGAAAUUCAUCAGAUCAGACAAAGAGCAUUGGAGGUUGCUGCCUGUGGUCCAGACAUCUAGGAAAGCUCAGUAAGUAAGGAUGUGAAAA